AUGAAAGAUUCAUAUCCUUUACCACACAUGGAAGAGACAAUUAAUCAACUUGGUGGAUCAUCGUAUUUUUCAAAAAUGGACCUAAAAAGUGGCUAUUUCCAACUCCCGAUCGAUGAAAAGGACAAACCGAAAGCGGCUUUUACCACUAGUAGAGGCCUUUGGGAAUUUAACGUACUCCCUCAAGGUCUCAAAAAUGCUCCUCCAUCUUUCCAACGAGUACUUAACAAUUUACUAGCAACAGGACGAAGGCAAUUCUGUUUAAUUUAUUCGGACGAUAUAAUAAUAUUCUCAAAGUCCUUUCAUGAUCAUUGUACACAUUUAAAUAAUGUUUUAUCAGUAUUAAACCAAGCGAACUUUCAGUUCAAUCCGCCAAAAUGUGCAUUUGUACCAUCUGAAAUUGAUUAUCUUGGACAUACAAUAAAUGCUAAAGGAUUUAAACCACUUAAUACCAACAUCAAUGCCAUUGUCCAGGUUCCUAACCCAAGAGCAGCAAAACAGGUAUAUUCAUUUCUUCAAAUGGCAAAUUUUUAUCGGAAAUUUACACAUAAUUUUACCGAAUUAACUCGUCCUCUUCGAGCAUUUCAAAAGAACAACAUGAAUUCAUAUGAACGAAACUAUUCAACAUUUGAACGUGAAUGUCUUGGUAUCAUAUGGUCAGUAACAAAAUUGAGAGAUUAUCUCGCUGAUGAAUCAUUUAUCAUCGAAACGGGCCAACAACCAGCUCGAAACAUCCAUUUGAAUCGAUCAUCUACAAAUAGAAAAGUGAAUAACUGGAAAUUACAACUUCAAGAUUAUGAUAUUAUUGAAAUUAAACACAAACCCGGAACACGAAAUUGUGACGCUGAUUACAUGUCACGCCAUCCACUAAUCAAUAAUGAAGAAACCAAUGAUGAAUUAGAUGAUAUUCCAGCAACUACCUCAUCGAAUACAUCCUGGACAUUUUGGGAGGAAAAGACCUGGAAGCGGCUUAAUGAUCGAUGUUCUUGGCCAACAAUUCGUCAAGGUGUGAUUCACUAUAUUCAAUCGUGUACAGCUUGCGCACAUUACAAUAUUCGACGAGAAAAACCUCCAGGACAAAUACAACUUAUUGAACCACCAGGUGAAGUAUUUGAUUUAGUACAAAAGGAUUUCACAGGACCACUUCCACAAUCGAUAAAUGGAAAUCUAUAUGUAAUCGCUUUACCAGUUUAUCUUUCAAAAUAUGUCAUCAGCAAAGCUGUUCCUAAUGAUUCGACACAAACAGCGGCUGAAUUUCUCAUCGAUAUGACUUUGGAAUUCGAUCCUCCUCGUCAACUACAGACAGAUCGUGGUUCACAUUUUACAUCUGCAAUCUUCGAAGCAGUUGCCAACCGACUAUGUUGUGUUCAUACAGUUACAACACCGUAUCACCCGAAAUCACAAGCAGUGAUUGAACGGUUUAAUGCAAAAUUUAAACAACAACUCAGUAAAUAUACAAAUGAACAUUACGAUGAUUGGGAUGUCUACAUUAAUACCAUUGUGUCAUCUUACAACAGCUCGAUUCAUCAAAUCAUACAAUUUCCAACAUUUCAAAAUUUUCAUAAGAGGAAACCAACUUCUAUUUUUGAUCCAAUAAAAAAACAAGGCACUAUUCCAAGAGCUAAUGAUUAUUGGAAUCAUUUCCUUCGAUUUGAAAAGGUUUAUAUGGAUCAAGUAAAUAAAAAUAUUCGCCAACAGCAACAAUACUCCAAGCGUCGAUAUGAUCGAAAUCGACCGAACAUACAAUGUAUGAUCGGACAAAAACUCUUCAUUAUUAAACCUGGAAUGUAUCCAGCAUUUAAAGAAUUAUAUGAAGGACCGUACACUAUCAUCAAACAACUAGGUUCCCAAACAUUUGAUGUGAUUGAUGUUCAUGAUAACAUGAAACGAGUUCAUUCGUCACAAAUGAAAUAUUUUCACGAACGAGAAUAA